UAAAUUUCGGUUUAGCACAUUUUAAAUUCACAGUUUUUUAAACUUUAGACAGCGAGAAGAAAGGAUCAGAACUGCACGCCACAUUUUGUUAAAAUUACAGAUUUUUGUUAUUAAAUAUAUAAUCAGAGGAGGGGACAUCCCCACUGCAUUUGUUUUAAUUCAAGAAUUUGUAAUUUAAGCCAAAUGUACGGCGGUUUUCAGAGGAAUCACAACUCAUGCUGCUGUCAAAAAAUGCAUCCUUGCAAUUCUGAAAGAAAUAAAGCCAUGCUGGGAAAAGGAUAUAAGUUGGGUGGAUCAGUUGGAACGGCUUUACAAGAGGGUAUCCGGAAGUCUGGGCAAGAAGCCCCAAGAACCCCAAAGAUUGGUGUCACUUUUCCAUGUAAAUUUAGCAAGCCAAAAGGCCAAGAAGCUCAGUGCAAAGAUAACUCUACCCGAAAUCUAUUAACUGAUUUCAAAGGAAAACCCUUAUUAACUAAAGUUGGAUCCAUAAGUAAAUCCUUGGCAAGGCAAGGAAUCCAAACUCAGAAGUCAAAUCCAAAUUUUGAACAGGAUCAAAAAGCUCUCGUUAAGAUCAAACCCAAACGUAGAAGAGGUAAAAAGACACCUAAGAGGUCAACAGCUGGAAAUAUUGAACAACCCUUUGAUGACGAUGGUAUAUGGUUUGAAUGCAAUGUGCCCUUUCGAGUAAAUAUUCCCUUUCCUAUUAGCAUGAAGAAUCUAUUUGGUUCCCAGCUAUUUCCAGGCAAUAGCAACUAUCAGAUCCUUAAAGCCCUUGUCCCAGAAGGAAGGUUACAGAAGGAUAGUAAGCUAGAGCGGCCUUUAAACUUCUCAAUGCGUCCAGCUCUUCCACCUGCAGAUUUGGAAUCUAUCAAUUCAUCCAGCAAAGCAAUAACAUUCCCAAAGAAAAAGGGACUUAGACGUGGAAGAAAAACAUUUCCCUGCGAAACAUCUACGCAAACAAUCGAAGAAGAAUGCGAUCCUGUUUUGUGCUGUCUUGAACAAAUCAGAAAUCAACUGGCCAGCAAAACUCCUGAAAGUCAAGAAAAAAACGUAUCACGCUGUUUUGCCGAGAAAUCUACAAAUGUAGGGAGUAUUCAGAACGAAAGAAAUGAAGCUGGUGUGGAAACAUUAAACCAGUCAUCUCCAAAUGAAGCCAUUGAUCCAGGAAAAGAUGAUGAUAAAAGUGAGAAUUUAAAGCCCUCUGAUCCCCAAAAAGCAACAUCAUUGGGAAGUUUCAAGAAAAGUUCACCAAGGAAUUCUUCAAACGUAUUACCGCAGCCUAAAUCAAAGACCAACAAUAUGGAAAAGAAAAGUACGUCAUCCAAAACUCAGUCAAAAUCUAACAUGAAAUCUUAUGAAGCUCUAAAAGAGUCAAAAAAAAAAGAGGAAACUAAUUUAAAUCCUGAGGAGGGGGACUUGAAGAAACCAAAGGAUGAAGAAACGGUUUUCGUAAAUGUCCCUAAACCUAUUCUAAAACCAUAUAUUUGUAUGUGCAGGCUUCCAAGGGUUAUUCCAAAAUUUACAAGAGUUAUGAUGCCCAGAUCAGUGUGCCAGCCUCAUUUUAUGAAUGGAUGUCGAAUGCCGAGAUGGCAAAGUCAACAUCGUUGCCAGUGUAUCCACACACAAGGAAACCAAAACCUAAUACCUUCUAAAACUGCAUCUAUGAAGGAUAAACAAGUGCAAUUGCAAAAAAAGAGCAACCAUAGUAAUUCAAUGUCUUGUUUAAGUCAUUGUGAAAACGCAAUAUUAACGGGCCAACGGUCUAUUAUGAAACGAGAAUCUGGACAGCCCAAUCAAAGAUUCGCAGAUAGAACCCAAAAUAAGAACAUUUGCUUUAGGGAAUGCGUAUCCACUUACAGCCAAUCAACUGAAAUCGAAUUACCUGCAAAUAAAUGUCCCCAGUAUCAUUGUAAUGAAUCCUAUGCUUCCAGCAGAACCGAUACGGAUUGUGACUAUGUGGAUAGAUCCUCAAAUAGCGACUUUAGAUCCUCAAACAGCGUGAAAAGUAAUAGUUCUGAUAAUACCUCUGUUGUGAGUGGAUCAAAUAGAAGCUAUACUGUAACAAGUACUAAUUUCAGUGAAAGGGAAAGUCAUUUUGAAGGAUUAAAUAGUGAAAGCCCAAAGGAUUCUUCUCCAGAAAUGAACUUAAAUAUCAACAGCAACGAAUCCCUUGCAUCAUCUAGAAAAACAUCUCGUACGAGUUCACUUAGGAGUAAUUCAAAAACAAAUAAAUCUUCCGAACAAAACGAAGUUAAUCCAUUCAAAAAUAAAAGUCAAGAAUUGCCACAAAAUCAAACUGGAAAUAAACGGAAACGGCGACUUAGGAAACGUAUAAGUUCUGGGGGCGAAACUUUUCCAGAGGACUCCAUAGAUUGUGGUCAUGAUGAAUUCUCUGAGGAGGCUGAAGCACACACUCCAAACACAUCCAAAAACAGUUUUUCAAAAGCUUUGAAACAAUGUCAAGAAACUUCAGACCAUUUAAUUUCUGAAAGAAACACCCGAAAAGCAAGUUUGCAGCAAAACAAUGAACAAAAAGCUGACAGUUCAAAGGAAUUAAUCUGCAGUAGAAACUCGAAUCAAAGAAAUAACUUCGAGUCUUAUCCAAAAACUUUAAUUCAAAGUGGCAAUAGAAAUCGAGGAGUAUCUUUCAAGCAGCGCUCACAAUCAGCACCAGAAUGCUGGAUACUUCAGUUCCCCCAAAGGAAACCAGCAAAUAGAUCGGAAAAAUCACACCUUUACUCACCGGAAAAUUGCCGAGGAAGUCAGAGUUGUCCAGAAAACGUACUUGUACUCCAGGACGAAACUUGCGAAAGCGAUUCAGAUGACUACGAACUCGUCAGAUGCAAUGAUUUCUCAACAGAAAAUGAGACCUUAAAUGCGAACUGUGGUCAAUGCGAAACUCCGGACUACAGCAUAAAUGCAAGUAUUAUAAAUCAGCUUAGGAAGGAGGAAAGCUCGAUUAGUCCCACACAAAGCCAAAGAACCUUUAUCCUUGUUGACAGUCAACAACCGAACGAUCUUAACAUUUCACAACAGGACCAGGAAAGGGAAAAACCACCAAUGGUGCAAGUGCCUUUUCGAAUGAGCGGCACGGAAGAAUUGGGCAUUUUCCAACCAAAACAAUGGAGAGAGAUGGGUCUAAAAUUCACAAUGCCUAAUGGCAACCAAUUCCAAAUGGCUCCUGCAAAUACAAAUCACGUUGCACUACCAACCAAUAGACCCAAAAGGACCAAGAAUGCAAAUUCAAAUUCUUCUGUUGGUCAGAUGGACAGUGUAUACGUUCCAGAUUCUUCUCCACCUACAAGGACGAAUACCGAAGAGCCAUCCAUUGAAAGGAGAAAUAGGAAUCUGCAGAAUAUAAAUCAAACAGGCAAUUCAGAUUCUUUGAGCAGCGCUUAUCCUUCUUCACGACGUAAUAUAUCCUCAGAAAAUAGGUCUAAAGCCCCAAGAAAGACAUCUUACGUAGAACUCAGAGGUAUUCAAAAGAAUGAUUCAAACAAUUCGAAUAGCGAAAGAUUUAUUUCGGUUAGCAACCAACAUUCUGAGCAACUAAAUGUGUAUAACGAAAAUCAAUUCCGACAAGAUGAAUCCGGAAAUCGCUAUAGGCAAUCAGAUUACAGAAGUGACCAAAGUCAACUAUAUAAUCAUCAGUUUGAAACAGGGAUACAUAACUCAGAAGCUGGAGCUUCUGGCUAUUCUGAAAUCCCAUCAAUACCUACUGUCUUAACUUGGACAGAUCCAGCUCCGAAUUCCCAAUUAGUAGCUUUCCACAAUUCAAAUGCCACCGAGAGAUCGACUGACGUGGAAACACUGCAAACGGUGACUCUGAUGCAACCACGAAAACUUCGAAGUUGCGAAAGUGCUGGAAUCAGAAACCAGGCUAAUAGCAAUGAGAACACCGUUCUCAUUGAGACUAGAACUCCCUGCAACAGAGAGAAUCUUCUCCAGACCUGUGGACGACCGCCCUGCAACUCUUGUCCUCACCAUUACACGGGUCUUCCUCCAAGUCACCAUCAAGGAUUUAUCAAGCCUCCGGAUCAUAUGCUACAGCCGCAGAUCUCUGUGAGUGCACCACAAAAUGUCCCUCCUUUCGAUGAAGAAUUCCUUAUAGAUCCACGAGAUCAGUGGAUGACCAAUAAAUCACCAGCUUCCGCACCAACCAUGCAGCAAUCUUAUCUAAUGAAGGAACCAUAUCAGCCCAAACCUAGAUCCCUCCAUCACUUUCAGGAAUCGGUACAUCAUCCACAAAGUUCCUUUCAGCCCAGAAACCCUGGCCACUAUCCACAACUGAAAGAGAACAUUAGAAUGCUUCCAGAUGGAUUCUAUGAUCGCACCGUAAACAAGUAUAACAUAGCACGAAUGGAUUCCAACUUUCAGCCACCGGAAUUUCCACUAGAGUCGCAAUUUCUUCACCCCACUUUUAGACAGCAAGUUUGUCCAUAUGGCAAUCAAUGUCAUCCGCCACAGAUGAUGGCAUCCGUUCCAGAUCCUAACCGGCGUUAUAUUCCACCACAGAACCAAUACCCAGCUGAGAUGCAAAAUCAACUCUCGAUGUUCUGGACACAGGAAAAUUUAAAUUCGGAUUACUAUGAUCAGUCGGAAUAUCAAAUUUAAUCUCAAUAGUUAUAAAAAAAUA